UAAUUCCGCUCUCCGCCCGUCAGCUGCCAGCAGCAAGGAAGACAGUCCGUCGGAAGUUUGAGGGAGAUGGGCUGAAAGGCCAGCACUGACGGACAACACAUUGCUAAACAUCAGUUUCACAGCUGCUUAUGAGUUUGGUAAUGCACAGCUUUAGAAAUGCCGUACGUAGAUCGUCAGAAUCGAAAUUGUGGCUUUCUAGACAUCGAGGAUGUAGAGAGCAGCGGCAAGUUUCUACGCCGCUACUUCAUCCUGGACACACAGGAGGGCAGCCUGGUCUGGUACAUGGAUAACCCCCAGAAUCUUCCAGAAGGAACAUCCAAUGUUGGCUCCCUCAAAUUAAAAUAUAUAUCCAAGGUUAGUGAUGCCACCAAACAGCGACCAAAGGCAGAGUUCUGCUUCGUCAUCAAUGCUGGAAUGAGGAAGUAUUUUCUUCAAGCGAAUGAUAAGCAGGAUUUAGUGGAUUGGGUGAGCGUGCUGAACAAUGCCACCAAAAUCACAGUGCCGAAGUCAUGUGAGCAGGUGCCUCAUACAACAGACGUGGUUCCGGACACAUUGGGUGCCACCAAACAAAUGUCCUACAAAACAGAGAUUGUUGCAGGAGUGCCUAUCAUCACCACCACACAGGAGAAAGGUGAAGCUCUGAACGGGGCUGACAAGAGCGGGCCAAGGAAAACUCAAGGUCAGCUGCCAUUUUACCUGAGUCGCUGUAACCAGGACUCAACGGUGAUCAAAGCUGGAUAUUGUGUUAAACAGGGGGCUGUGAUGAAAACUUGGAAGAGGAGAUACUUCAUACUGGAUAAUAAUAACCUUGGCUACUUCAAAUCAGACACGGAUCGAGAGGCACUACGACUUAUCUCACUGAAUGAUGUCAAAAAGGUGCAGGAGUGUAAGCAAAGGGAUGUGAUGAUGAGAGACAAUCUUUUUGAACUGGUUACUACCUCAAGAACUUUCUAUAUUCAGUCGGACAGCCCAGAAGACAUGCAUGGCUGGAUCAAGGCUAUCUCUGGGGCCAUAGUGGCCCAACGUGGCCCUGGACGCUCAGCAGCCUCUAUGCGUCAAGCCAGACGUCUCUCGAACCCUUGUAUACAGAGGUAUACAUCCUGCAAUGGUGAAUGUGGCACGAGCAUUUCGAAUCCCCCGCCAUCGUCAUCGAACCAAGUUUCCCAGACCCUUGCGCACCCCUCCCCACCGAACUCCAUUACCCAGAAUGCGGCUCUGCCCCGGGCCCUCAGCAUGGCGUGGGAGGGGCCAGACCUCAGCAACCUGCUAAAGGGGACACGAUCGCGUUUGUCGCUCCAGGAGUCGUCCCAAAUGUUCUUCAAGUAGAUGAAGAUUCUUCAUCCCCAUGGCAACCGCGAAGCAGCGCUAAAGAGCCUCCAAACUGCUCCUUGGAUGAAGAUUUGCAGAUUACGGAGAUAUAAGAAUUUACUUGCAAACAAAUUAGAGUGUGCUUUUUAAACAACAAAAACUUUUACAACAAAAUCAAUACAGGAGAAGAGUUUAGAGUUCUCUCAUCACUUACAAGCCUCCGACCCAACUGCACAUUAUUAUAAAUCCAUAAACCAUUAAGAAGCCAAAUAUUGGGUUUACAGAAGACUGUGAUUAAGACUUAUCUUUGUCCCAGACUUAACUGGGUUACCAUUUACAAACGUAAUUUUUUUGACGAAUCUACUUGCUGUUCGCUAGGAAUAUGAAAAUUUUGGCUGAUCCGAUUGCUGAUAAUUAUUUUUCAUUUGGUCCAUACUAUACAAUACAUCUAUACUGGCAAACAUUAAAGGGUACCUAUUAUGCAAAAUCCACUUUUACAAGGUGUUGGAACAUAAAUGUGCUUUGGCAGUGUGUGAACACAACCACCCUACAAUGAAUGAAAAUCCACCCAUUCCUUUUAAUCCCCAAUAAAACCAAAGUGGUCUCAUUAGACAGGUCGUUUAGAUUUUCUUACCAUUGUGAUGUCACACUGAUGAAGCCCCGCCCACGGCCACUGACUGACAGUUCUGCACUACCAUAGUUUCUGCCCCUAGCGAGCUGUACUCUAUCCAUUAUAUCUCAAUAAUGAGAUACCAUUGUCUCAGACUGAAUUCACAGGAAUCAGAUCUAUUUUAAGCAAAAGUGCUUACUGUUUUUUUUUUGUAAGUGGGUUUUACGGUUUCUUUUGGUAAGGGGGUGCAAAAUACCCCAAAAUAUGCAUUUAAAGGAACAAACGGGCAUUUUAGACAUGCUAUAAUAAAUAAUCUGUGGCUAAAACUUCACAGACACAUUCUGGGCACACGUGAGACUUAUAUUACAUAUUGUAAAAAUUUGCAUACUAGGUACAAUUUAAAUACAUUUUACGUUAAGUAAACUCGCAAAUCUUUGUGUAAAAUCAGGAAAUGAUAUAUUUUCCUUUCCUGCAAGAGGGAGUGUAGUACGCUGUACCAAGACCACACAGUUUGAAUUGGAACUGGUCUGUAAAAAGGAUGUAUAUGUUUUGUAAAAUGUUAUAUAUAGUUUAUCUAUAAUACUGAUUGAUACAGCUAAAAGAUUUAAAACGCUACAGAUGGCGAAUAGGUCACUGAUAUAUUGUAACUAACAAAUAAGAUCUUGAGAUUGUAAGAAGAUCGUAUGUUUUUGUUUGUAUUUUUAUUAUUAAUGUGGUGCAUUUCUUGGGGUACAAUAAAGCCUUUUUGUCCUAUAGCUCUUUUAGAGCCCUCAGGGUUUUUAAUCAUUAACUACAUUUUAUUUUCUGGCUACUUCACAAACCCUAAAAAUGAAGUUGUGAUGAAAACCACCAUAAUGUAUGGUAGACACGUUUCUUCAGAUUGCUGUAGAGAAAAUGCAUUUGUGUUUUUUUACAAUUCUGUGUUUGCUAACAUACUGCCAACCGUAAUGUUGUGUUACUGAAUUUUAGGAGCAACAUGUUUUUGUGCACAUUGUCAUUUUGGUAAACGCACAUAUGCAUGGACAUUUUGUAGAAAAUAUUAUAAAUAAUUUCAAUACAAUUUAUUAUUCAACAAACAGCUAUAACAGAUUUGAUAACCUACAGGCAUAACAAUUUUUUUUAGAUCCAGUAUAUCUUGUUUGAAUGAACCUGAUGCUAUUAAUAUAACAUACUUACUUAUACAUUUAUAUGCUGUAUCAUGUUUCGUUUUGUAAUCUGUAAAGUAUGUCUCCUGUCACAGACUGAGUGCAAGUGUGUACUUAACCAUAGUUUGGGAAAAUCCUGAAUCACGGUCUAAUAUAGAAAUGAUUCAAAAGUAAAAGGGAGGUAAGGUUCAGUUUGUAGUCUCUAUAAUUUGCUUUAUAUUAAAACAAUAGAGGUCUAUGCCUGUGUUCUUAUUUAUAUGGCAAUGUAAACAUGGGUGUGUGCUAGGGUUUAGCUGUAGUUCUAAAUCUGACUAUCUAAGUGUGUGUGUGUGUAGCUCCAUUGCUGACUUGUUUAUCCAGAAACGAUGUUGCACAACACUUUUCCGCACAGCUGUAUAAGUGCCUGCAUUCUAUUAUGAUGUCCAGAUGUUGUGAACCUUCCAAACUAUACCUGAUAUUCAUGACCAAUCAUGUGUAUUAUUUAUUUUAUGGAGGUCAAAUUAAAACAGACAAAAUAUAA